AUGUAAUCUAAGGACUCUUUAUUUUCAAAAGGGAUUGAGAACAAAUUUGAGCACUUAAAAUAGCAUAUUUAAUUAGACAUUUAAGAAUCCUUAAAUAGUUUACAAGACGAAAAUAAUAUGCAAGUAAUUACUUUAUUAUUAUAAUAAAUUCAAAAAUGCACAAAAGGAAAUCAAGAAUAAUUGAUAGUAAAGCAAGAAUUAGAAGAAAUAUUAAAUUAUUCAAGGCAAAUUUAUUGUUAAAAGGGAUUAUUUAAUCAAAAAAUUCAAAAAUUUUAAGAGCACCUUGCAAAAAUCAAUAAUAUGAAAAAUAUAAUGAAAUAAAUUCCAGGUCUUUAAAAUCCUACUAGCCUUUAAUAAUGGCUUCAAGAUUAUUCCGAUUAAUUUUAUCAAGAUUUUACUUAAAUGAAGAAAUUUUGCAAAAUUAAAAAUUUAGAAAAAAAGCUCCACACUUUAUAUUUAGACUAUGAGUAAUUAUAUUAAGAAAGCAAUAAGAAAUUUUUAGAAUAAAAAUAUUGAUUAGCUUAAAGAAUUUGGAAAGGAAAUUUAAUUAACAAUAAAAAUGUAAGGUGAUGGAAAUCAAUUUUUCAAUAAUAAGCUGAUAGAAGAAUAAAAUAAAUAUGAAAACCAAUCAAAAGAGGAAUAAAUCAAAAUUAGAACGAAAUUUAAGUACUAACUCAAAAAGAUCUACUAAAAGGAUAGUAUAAUUCAUCAAGUUACAAAAGAAUUAGACCUUAGAAUAUAAAUGUUUAAACCUAAAACACAAAUUGUUAAAAGAGGAUUUUUGGUGUAAAAUAUUUUUUGUUUGUAAGAGAAAUUUAAGAAAACAAUAACAGCAUCAAAUGAAAUAAAUUGGAUUGCAACACAACUAAUCAUUUUGGAAUACAUGCAAUGA